AUGGCUGAUGCAGCAGAGAAAGCUGACCAUGACCGUAUUUUCAAGAAAUUUGAUGCUAACGGCGAUGGAAAAAUUUCAGCAGCAGAACUUGAGGAAGCUCUUAAGACACUUGGUUCGGUGACGCACGACGACGUCAGCCGUAUGAUGGCUGAAAUUGAUACUGAUGGCGAUGGAAACAUAUCAUAUCAAGAAUUUACCGAUUUUGCAGGUGCCAAUCGUGGACUUAUGAAGGAUGUUGCCAAGAUUUUCUAA